AUGGCUCCAAAAUCAUCAACUUCAUCAGGGCCAUAUAAAGACAAAGAAAAAGUUUAUUCAAAAAUGGCAAGUUAUCCAUGGUGGCCAGGAUUUAUAACACCAGAAGAAUAUAUUCCAAAACAAGUUAAAAAAUCAAAAAAGAAAAAUACACCAUAUUGUGUUAUAUUUAUACCUGAUGGUGAUUUUUAUUGGGCAACAGAAAAAGGUUUAAAAAAAUUUAAAGAUGGUCCACCACCAACAACUACAAAUACAAGUUCCAAAAAGUCAAAUAAAAAUAAUAAAGUGAAUAAUAAUUCAAAUAAUCUUGAAGAUUUUAAAGAUUUAAAAUUUUUAAAAAAAAGAUUAAGACCUAAAACUAGUAAUGCUGAUAUUUCUGAAGCUAAUGUUGCUGCAGAAAAUUUAAAUUUUGAUGAAUUUAUUAAAAUAUUUCAAUCUGGUGAUGAUGAUAAUGAAUUGGAUGCAGUGAAUGAACCACCCGCUGGUGAAGCACCUGUUGAAGAAGAAAAUAAUGAGGAGGAAGAAAAAGGAGAAGAAGAUGGAAAUGAACAAGAUGGAGAAAAUGAUGAAAACGAUGAUAAAGAAGAAGAUACAAAACUUACUUCGAGAGCAACUAGAUCAAGAAGGCAAUCACCUUCAAAAACUACUACAUCUACUAAAGCAACACCCACACAAUCUAAACGAAAAUCACCGACGAAUAUAGAAAAAAUCAGUAAGAAACCUAAAUUAGAAGAAAUAGAAUCAAAAUCAGUUGAUGAAGAAACAGCUCAACCAGCUACAAAAGAAGAAGAUAAAUAUCAACAAUUAUAUUUUUGUAGAAUUAAGCUACAACGUUCAUUAAUUCAAAGAACUUCCCCCACAGAUUCUUCAACAAAAAAGGAAUCUUCACCCACAGCAGAUGAAUUAUCAAUGGCAAGAUUAAUAUUACAUAGAUUAACUAAUUUUCCCGUAACAAAAGAAUUAUUAAAAUCAACAAAAAUUCAUAAAGUUUUAAAAGCAAUUAUAAAAGAUCCAACAUUAGAAUUACCUGAGAGUUUUAAAUUACAUGAAAGAUCAAGAGAAAUAUUACAGUCUUGGGAUCCAAUUAUACGAGAUUUAUUAUCGGAAAAGGGAGAUUCAAAUGAUUCAAAUGGUCAAGAAAAUAAUAAUAAUGGGAAGACGGAAAAAAAUUCAAAACUUUUAUCUAUAAAAAAUAAUAAUGGGGCUAAUGGUGCUAAUGAUGAAAGUGAAUUUAGUGGAGUUGAACAAUCUUUACAUGAUAUUGAUGAUGAAGAUGGUAACAAAGAAGAAUCUGAUGAAAAAUCUGAUGAAAAAUUAAAAAAAGAUUCUAAUGAUGAACCAAAAGUGGAAAACUCGAAAGAAAGAGAGGUUGGAGAUGACAAUGAAGCAACCAAAGAAAAUGAGAAAAAUGAAGAAGAAGAACCAGCUAAAGAGGAAGAGAAAUCAAAAGUUGAGUAG